CAAAGAUCCAUUGGAGAUGCUCUAAAACUCCAUUGGGAUGGAUUUUGGUGGUUCCAAAUGGCUUGUGCUAAGGUAGCAAGUUGAGUUUAUGAGCAGCAGCACCUAGAAAGCACCCAACUACUUCCAACUGCAAAAACUGUACAAUCCAAGAAAAACCCUGAAUCGGGUCGAACUCUCCCGGGCCCGACUGAAGAAUGCUCAUGGAUUAUCUCUGCUGUUGCCUUAACAAACCGAGGGGCUCCGACCCGGAAGAAGUUGCCGACCGCGACCCGGUUCUCCUGGUGUCGGGCAUAGCCGGGUCGAUCCUCCACUCGAAGAAGAAGAGUUCCGGGUCCGAGACCCGGGUUUGGGUUCGGAUUCUGUUGGCCGACCUAGUGUUCAAGAAGAAGCUCUGGUCCAUUUAUAAUGCAGACACAGGGUAUACAGAGUCACUGGAUGAUAGUACCGAAAUAGUAGUGCCUCAAGAUGAUUAUGGGCUUUACGCCAUUGACAUUCUGGACCCUUCUUUACUUGUAAAGCUUCUGCAUUUGAGCGACCUGUACCAUUUUCAUGAUAUGAUUGAAAUGCUUGUUGGAUGCGGGUAUAAGAAAGGGACAACAUUGUUCGGAUAUGGUUAUGAUUUUCGGCAAAGCAAUAGAAUAGGUCAGCUAAUGGAUGGCCUCAAAGAUAAACUGGUGGCUGCAUAUAAUGCUUCACGGGGAAGGAAAGUUAACAUAAUAUCACACUCGAUGGGUGGAUUGCUGGUGUCGUGUUUCAUAUCUCUUCAUAGCAAUAUUUUCUCCACAUACGUAAAUAAGUGGAUUACAAUCGCCACUCCCUUCCAAGGUGCACCAGGAUGCAUCAAUGACUCUAUACUUACCGGUUUGCAGUUUGUUGAUGGAUUUGAAAGUUUCUUUUUUGUAUCACGGUGGUCAAUGCAUCAACUGCUGGUGGAGUGCCCAUCUGUUUACGAGAUGUUACCAAAUCCCAAUUUCAACUGGAAAAAGCAACCUCAGGUUCAAGUAUGGAGAAAGCAUUGUGAGGAUGAAGAAGCUUCAGUUGAACUGGUCUCAUAUGACACCAAUGGAUGCAUCACACUUUUCGAGGAGGCAUUGAAAAACAACGAGCUAAAUUAUGAUGGGAAAACAGUAGGACUUCCUUUCAACUUUGCGAUCCUUAAUUGGGCUGCUGGCACACGGGAAGUUCUGAAUAAAACCCAACUUCCAGAUGGAGUUUCUUUUUAUAGCAUAUACGGAACAUCUUUUGAAACACCUUUUGAUGUUUGCUAUGGUUCAGAGUCUAAGCCGAUUGAUGAACUAUCGGAAAUAUGUCACACGAUGCCUGAAUACACUUGUGUAGAUGGUGAUGGAACCGUCCCUUCUGAGUCAGCAAUGGCAGACAAUUUAGAUGCGGUUGAGCGAGUCGGAGUUUGUGCAAGCCACCGGGAACUUCUAGCCGAUGAGAAAGUAUUUCAACUCAUUCAAAAGUGGUUAGGAGUAUCUGAUAAAAAAGCCAUCAAUAAGAUGCAGCAUACUUCCAAGGUGAUGGAUUGUUCGUAUAAAUUGUAGUCACACCCCAUUCUUCAGUAGCAAUCACUCUCUGUACUACUCUCUGUACUUUUAUAGUUAGAUAAUUGUAUUGUUUUCAUAUGAGCAAAUGGUAAUGUAUUAUGAGCACAUAUCCCUAAUUCUCCAUUUACACAAGAACUUGUCCUUGUGAAAGACAAGGAAAAUUAUAUAUAUACAUGGGUGUUUACUCUUUACUUUGAGCCUUCUUGUAGUCCAUUCUUAUUAGUGAUGAAUGAUGAUUGAAAGAAUAAGUU